GCUGGUGUGUGUGUAUCAUGCUAGCAUGUGUAUCAUGGUGGUGUGUGUAUCAUGCUGGGAUGUCAGUCAUGCUGGCAUGUGUAUCAUGCUGGUGUGUAAAUCAUGCUGACAUGUGUAUCAUGCUGACAUGUUUAUCGUGCUGGCGUGUGUAUUAUGCUGACAUGUUUAUCAUGCUAGUGUGUGUAUCAUGCUGGUAUGUCUAUAAUGCUGGCAUAUGUAUCAUGCUUGUGUGUAUCAUGCUGGAAUGUAAAUCAUGCUGGUGUGUUUUUCAUGCUGGUGGGUGUAUCAUGCUGGCAUGUGUAUCAUGCUU